UCUCAAUCCAUGUUUCUCAACUUAAGGCCGCUGUUGAGGUAAAACCAGAAUAUUGAAAAUGUCACUGCCACGCUCCAAGACCUUACCACCAACACCCUUUUUACCCGAACCCGUCGUGUCAGACUGCGCCAGCAUCAACAAUGUAAAAAUAUGGUAUGCGCUCUAUGGCGCACCACUGAAUCUUCAUCGGACCCCAACGGUAUUCUUACACGGCGGUAAGAUUAGCUCUCGUUGGUGGGCACAUCAGAUUCGACAUGUUGCUGGUGCAGGACACUCAGUCAUUGCAAUGGAUACCCGAGCACACGGCCGAUCAACUGAUGAUCCCCAAGUCGCCCUUUCAUAUGAUCUCUUCGCCGACGAUGUUGUGGCCUUACUCGACCAUCUUCAAGUGCCUUGUGCCAACUUCGUCGGGUGGUCGGAUGGCGCCAAUACCUGUCUUUCUUUGGCAAUGAGACACAAGCAUAAAGUAAAGCGCAUAUUUUCUUUCGGCCCGAACUACAGGCCAGACCAGGCGAUACCUUAUGCAGGCGAGACAGUGCCGUUUGUCUCUGAUCUUAUGAAUCGGAUGAAGGAAGAGUACGAAGCUAUUUCACCUACUCCGGAGAAAUUCGAUAGCUUCAAGGCAAAGGUCGUAGCAAUGCAGGAAUGUUCACCAAUGUGGACCGAAGAAGACUUUUCCAAAAUUGACCUAAAGUCCACAGAUGCUCAUCAACGCCCUCUUGUGUGGAUUGUUACUGGCGACUCGGAGGAAUUAAUCCAGGGCUGGGUCGCUCAAAAGAUUGCAGACAUGAUUCAAGGAUCGGUAUACUUGGCGUUGCCUGAUGUCAGCCACUUUGCGCCAUUGCAAGAUCCUGAGGGAUUCAACAAAGCACUGGACCAGUGGCUAUCUCAAUAAAGGUGUGGUGGAUGAUGCGUGCUGACCUUGUUUUGAGACCCCCACAAAGCAGCUAGAUACAUCAUCAUCGCGAGAUUCACACAGUCAUUAGCCCUUGUAAUAUAUUACAGUUGCUCUUGAGAGCCUUGGGUGUUUCUCAUUUCAUUCACUGACUUCACUCAUCGCACUGCUCAAUACAUAUUCCGUUGUUCUGCAUCAGGUCGUACCUAGGCAAUAACUUUUGUAAUGUGUUCGUACACAAGAUAGGGGACGUCUCAUUCAUGCAUUGUUAGUCAGUGUAUAAUGCAUUUAGAAAACUAAUUACUACGGACUUGGUGGAGUUUCAUUCUAGGUUGAGCUGGAG